AUGGCUGAAACAAAGAGCCUAGAUAGACUUAAAACAAUGAGAAGUUUAUUAAAGAGUGAGAUGCAGAAAUCAAAAACCGUUACAUUGGUUUUAGAAAAGACAGGAUCUAAGCUUGAAGAGAUCAACACCAAGCUUUUGUCUUUAGAAGCCGAUGUUAAGGUAGACAAAUGGAGAUCUUCUCCUUUCUCUGAUCAUAUCCGUUACACCCUUGUUCCUAUAUCCGCUGCUCUGAGAGUCUAUGCUUCUGUUCAAGAACUCGAGAGAUCUCUCGUGUCCUGUAAUGAUGUUCUUGGUUAUGUUUCUGAUGUUAAACGUCUUGGAGAAGCGUUGAAGCUUCUUUCAAGCAGCUGUGUUCUUGCUCUUAACUGGCUUGAAGAGUCAAUCAAGUGCCUGUCCGAAAAUGGAAUGCCUGAAGAUCAUCCUUUCGGUUUACGGUUGAAGACUUCGACAGAGCUUCUGCGGGAACUGCAAAUGACGGAGGCUCGUGCUUAUCUAAGAGGAGGGAGUCUUCACACAGCGUUGGAGAAUCUUGAAACAGAACUAGAGCUGAUUCUCCAUGAGAAUGAGGUUUUGUCUGAAUCCAACUUGAGAGACUUGCAGGCAAUCAUCAAGAGAUUAGAUGCUCACACGCGGUUAACAAACGGUGUGCAUGUUUACAUCAAGAACCGCACAAGGGUCAUGCAGAAACAAUUUGAGAAUGAUUAUUACCAGAGAACAAUCCCAGAAGCUGAUAAUGUGCAUGACAUUGAAGGUCAUAUAGAUCAAUGGAGAGUGGAUAUGGAGAUAGCUGUGAAAGAGAUCUACGAGUUUGAGAAUAACCUCUGUUAUGAAGUGUUCGAAGAUGUGGGAGAAGAAGAUGAUGUUCCAUUGCAUUGCUUUGGAUCAAUAGCUUCAGACUCCCGGAUGCUUCAGCUUCUGAGAUUUGGAUCAAGAAUCAGCAAAUGCAAGAAAGGUCCACCAAAACUGCUUAAACUCUUGGAAUGUUUCUCUACAAUGGACAGUGUUAGAAACGAGUUUAACCGGUUGUUUAGAGGAGAUGAGUGUUCAGAGAUACGUAGAGAAACAAGGGAGCUAAUCAGCAAUCUAGUUAAAGGUGUCUGCGAGAUCUUUUGGGAGUUACCUUGUCAGGUGGAGCUUCAGAGACCAAACUGUCCUCUUCUUGAUGGUGGUGUCCCUAAGCUUGUGAAUGUUGUGACUGAGUACUGCAACAAGCUACUUGGAGACAAGAACAAGCCUGUCUUGUCCAAGAUUCUUGAGAUUGAUUUGGGAUGGAAGAAUGAAAAGUAUCAAGAAGAGAUACUCAUAGGUCACAUGUACAACAUACUGAGAGAGAUUGCCUUGAACUUGGAUGCAUGGUCUAGUUCCAACAAUGAAACAGCUAUUUCUUACAUCUUUAUGAUGAACAAUCAUAACCACUUCUGUGGUCUGAGAGAGACUCAUCUCGGGCUAAUGAUGGGAGAGUCUUGGUUAAACGCACACGAGCAGUACAGAGACUACUACGCAGCAUUGUAUGUUAAAGAAAGUUGGGGGAAGCUCUUGUCUCUACUCAACAACAAAGCUCAAACCAUGAAGAGAACAUUACAAGCCUUUGCUAAAGGGUUUGAUGAGAUGUACAGAAAGCAAUCAAACUGGGUUGUGGAGGAUGAAAAGCUGAGAUGGAAGAUACGUGAAGCCAUGAUAAGAACGGUUGUGCCGAGAUACAAGAGUUACCUACAAAGUUAUAUAAUGCUUCUUGUGGAAGAUGAUUAUCAUAAAAGUCCUGGUAAGGACUUGAACUAUACUCCAAAGGGUUUAGAGAUGAAGCUAAAGACAAUGUUUAAAAGCAAAGAAGAAAGAGAGAAGAUAUACAAGUAUUCCGACUUUGAUGGAUAUAGGGAUUAGUCAGAAUCUCACUUGACAUAAGAAGUAGCUAUUAGCCAUAUGAUAUUUAGACACAGAAACUACACUUAUUCAUGGUGAAAACAGAUUAGCUUUAGCCUUACUUCAAGAAGCAUGCAGUGAGAUACAAAAGGUGUACACUUGUUUGUACUUUGGAGAUGAUGCAAAUGAAAACAGGUUAGCUUUACCCUUA